GUUGCUGUAUCCACUGCAGAAGCUAAAUGAAAGGUUUUUCUCUUCAAGAUCUACAAUUUUUGGGCUAUCUUCCGGUGCCGGCAAAUGUGGUGUUGCGGUGAUAAGAGUUUCGGGCGAAGCAAGUGGGAAUGUUAUUAUGCAAAAAACAAAAUCCAAUGAACUUCCGUUGCCGAGAAAAGUUUGCUUAAAACGGAUUUACCAUGCAAAAACGGCUGAAAUUAUUGAUCGAGGAUUGAUACUCUGGUUUCCAGGUCCGAAUAGUUUCACAGGGGAAGAUUCAGUCGAAUUCCAUGUUCACGGUGGACCUGCUGUAAUCAGUGCCAUGUAUGAUAGUCUGGCAUCGAUGGACGGAGUGCGGCUGGCUGAACCGGGAGAAUUCACUAAGCGAGCAUUCUAUGCCGGAAAAAUGGAUUUGACAGAAGUCGAGGGUUUGGCCGAUUUGAUCGAUGCUGAAACCGAAGCUCAGCGGAAGCAGGCACUUCUGCAGGCAGGCGGUGAGCUGUCCAAGUUAUACAAUCGCCUGAGAGGGCGAUUGGUAAAAUGUAUCGCCCACAUGGAAGCUUACAUAGAUUUUCACGAAGAUCAAGAUGUUGGUGAUGAUGUUUUGCACACUGUAAGAGAAGAAGUAACUGCGCUUAUAUCGGAUAUUCGUUCCCAUUUAGAUGAUCAUAGGCGAGGUGAAAGACUGAGAACUGGGGUUCGGACAGUGGUUAUUGGAGCACCCAAUGUUGGUAAAAGCAGCUUUGUUAAUCUUAUUAGUAAUCGAAAAGUAUCUAUUGUAACCGAUAUUGCCGGUACAACACGAGAUGUUAUCGAAAGUUAUCACGAUAUUGGAGGUUAUCCGGUAAUACUAGCCGACACUGCAGGCCUUCGGAAAAGCACGAAUGACAUUAUCGAACAGGAAGGAAUAUUGAAAGCCAAGGAUUAUGUUCAGUCAGCCGAUUUCAUAAUAGUUGUUAUCGACUCCAAAGAAGUAGAGAAAUAUCUGCAAAUGUUUGACAGUAGUAUAGAUCAAUAUUUAAUACAUUAUCUAAAUGAACUUGGAUAUUGUAAGAACGAUUUUACCAACAAGCGACUUAUGGUGAUCUUUAACAAGACUGAUUUAAUCUCGGAUCAAACUAUAAAAACUCUACAGUUCAUGACUCAAAUCAAGCUUCUUUCCUGCCAUGCUCAAACCGGACUCGGUGAAGUGCUGGGAGAAAUAUCUUCCCAUUUGCAGCAACUCUGUGGUAAUCCAACGAAAGAAAAUCCGAAUCUAAGCCAACAGCGGCAUCGUUCUCAUUUGAAACAGUGCGUUGAUUCUUUGGAAAGAUACUGCCAAUAUUUGGAUGAAGGAACAAACAUAGAUUUGGCAAUCGCAACUCAACAUUUAAGAAGUGCGACAAGGUGCUUAGGAAAAAUCACUGGAUCAAUAGAAACCGAGGAAAUACUGGAUGUGAUAUUUAGCAGUUUUUGUAUUGGCAAAUAAAG